CAUCUAUUCAAACAGCCGCUCUUGCUUACCUUUAAAUUGCUCCUUUCUAGCUGCAAACAUCUUUUCAGAGCUUGCAGAAGAGGUGAUAAGUAGCACAGGUCUACGUAAUGACUCGUGCAAGUUAAUUUUAAUAUCAAAAGGUUCAUGAUAGUAGAGAGUAAUAUUUCAAAAAACGAGGCUCGUUGAAGCUCAUUUGCAUAUGUCAAGGGGGUACUUACACGCGCUAUGUAUUUAAACAGGAGGCUAAUCUGAUCCGUUUAUUCAGAGACGACACAAGCUGGAGAUCUUCGUGAGCAGUGCUCACUCAUAAGGAAGAAGCCCUCAGAUUCCACAAAGUUAUAGUUACGGAGCCUGGAAAUUGCGUCGCAUCGAAAAUAAUUUGUUCAGAACUUCGUGUUUUCUCAAAGAGGAACCGACCGUGCAAGUGUUGGAUGUGAACAGUCUUCCUCGAUCACAGACCUGUUUGCUUUUGGCUUACAGGCUACAAUCACGCGACAGCCAAAUUCACCUGGAAGCGAUCGUUAUUUCUCAUGGCUCCUUUGGCCGAGCUAGGGAGUUUCUUCAACGGUUUAGAAAGCUUUGGACACGUCGGUUCUCAUUUUGUGCUACCUCCUGCCGGAGACGGACCUUUUCUAAUAGGAGAUCACUUGGCACAAGCCGAAAGACUGUCCCGGAGCGCGUCAGCCUCCCACCUGCAAGGAACCUUGCGCCGGAGGCAGCUCUACUGCAGGACAGGCUUCCACCUGGAGAUACACCCCGACGGCAGCGUGCAAGGGACACGUAAAGACCACAGUCGCUUCGGUAUUUUGGAGUUUUUAAGCGUCGCAGUAGGACUGGUCAGCAUACGCGGGGUGGACAGUGGCCUUUACCUGGGAAUGAAUGACAAGGGUGAACUUUAUGGCUCAGAGAGACUAACAGCCGAAUGUGUCUUCAGAGAGCAGUUUGAAGAGAACUGGUAUAACACAUACUCGUCUAAUCUUUACAAGCAUGGCGACAAAGGGGGUCGAUAUUUUGUGGCUUUAAACAAAGACGGGACUCCAAGAGAUGGGACUAGAUCCAGACGACAUCAAAAAUUCACGCACUUUUUGCCAAGGCCUGUGGAGCCGGAAAAAGUUCCAGAGCUGUAUAGAGAUGUGUUAGGAUACAGCUGAGAGACACCUUAUAACUCUUUUUAAUAAGAAGAUAUCCUCCAGCCAUGUUUCCAUGGAAGCAAGGUGUAAAAGAGUCACCUUCAGAAAGCAGCUGAAAUCUCCCACAGGAAACUAAAGUUUGGGAGACGUAAUCAUGUUUAAGUGGCAGGAAGUUGCUCAAGAGAUAACAAGUGCUAAGGGAAAAAAAGAGACGAAUCCUGAUCCACUCUAGUGAUCCUGCAACAUGAGGUAGACCAGCUGAAAUUGAUAAGUAAGUCAUGACCCCACUGUUUUGGAAACUGUGUUUUGCCACAUUGUACUAGAACCCCCACAGAGACGGGGGAGUAGUUAAAGCUAAUGCAGUGGAAGGACAUGAUACCUGCAGAAUGAAUGCCUUUUUUUUAUCAUAGCUAUGGUGGACUUCUGAAUUCUGCAAUGAAAAUCCGAACUGUGAAGGAAGUGUGGGACUCGGGUGGAAACCCAGCCAUUCAAUGCAAAUAAUGAACUUUUUUACUGGAUUAAUCUCCUAGUAAAGCUAUACCUUUCUACAGUAGGCUUAUUUAUGCAAUUCCUGAUAACAUUUAUUUAUUUUAUAUAUUUAUUUAUUGAAGAGUAUAUUUUUACUUCUAUAUAUACACUGGAAAAAAACAUUAAUUCAUGACUUUGUGCCAACAAUGUACUCAGAGGCUAUAUUAAUGAAAAAAAGCAGAUGGAAAUACUAUUUUUGUUACAUUUUUAACAGAUUGUAGUGUAGAAUAUUUGCAAUGUAUUCCUUUUAUUGUCUUUUUUUCAGAAACACUUCAAAGGCAACAAGAGAACUGAAAUGAUUUGUACACCCUGCAGUACACACUGAGAAGGAAAUUAAAGUGAUAUGUUUUUAUUUA